AUGCCCCAAAGAUGGCGAGAAACUAAUACUCUAAAUGAAGAUGAUAAUAAGGAAAUAAAUAAGUUUAAUAAAUUUUCUUUUGUGGCCGAUUUUCUUGGUCAUGACCCUAAAAAACCUACUAGACCAAGAUUUUGGGAAAUGUUUAUCUCUCAUAAUCCAGAUGGUCAAUAUGAAACAGAGGACGAUGAAUUAGAUGAGGAAAGUGGUGAACCAACUGGACAAAAAGAAAAAAUAGAUAUCGAAAAAAAGGAAAGUGGGCAAUUAAGUUCUUAUGAUGGAGAAUUUGAAUCACCCCGACUUCCUAAGUUGGAAGAAACAUUAGGCAACAAUAUGCCGCAAAUGCCACGACUUUUAGCCCAAUCCUCUGAUGCCUUAAAUCAGAGUUUAGAAAACUUACGCCAAGAAAUAGAAGUUCUAAACCAGCAAAUGCAAACCUCAUCAGCCGCAAAUAAUUCUACCCUUUUACAAAACAGCAUUAAUGAUCUCUACAAACUAGUCGCUGGCUUUGUCGCUGGCUCUGUCAUCGAUACAGAUGCUAAAAAACGAGAAAAUGAGAAUAAACAAUUAAACUUAAAAGGUGAAAUAUCUAAACAGAUCAGAGAAGAAAUUAAUAAUUUACAGAAUGAUAGAAGCCAAGAAGCUAGUCAAUUGAAUAAUCUAGAUCAGCAAAUAGCCCAAAAGCAAAAUAAGUUGAAUGACCCUAACACUCCCGAGCAUGAAAAAGCUCAAAUUAGGAGUGAAUUAGCCUCACUUGUCUCACAAAGAAGUAGUAUUCAAACUAGAAUAAGAGCAUUGGAUGAUAAGAUAGAAAGUUUAAUAAAACAAGGUAAUAAAACAGUAACUGGCGGAACUGGCUUGGCUAACAUCGAACUUGAUUACAACACUAAGUUAAUGAUUGGAGCCAUUAUCUUCUUAAUCAUUUACUUCACUUUUAUUAAAGAAAAGGAUAAUAGUUAA